AUGCAGAUCAAGAGUGUUCUCAUCGCCGUCGCCGGCCUUGCCGCUCUGUCCGAGGCCUCGGUCAUCCCUGGCCCCUCUCCCUUCAGCAGGACGCUCGCUCGUCGCCAGUUCCGAGGCGGUCAGGGAGGCGGUCAAGGAGGUAACAACGGCGGCAACAACGGUGGGAACAAUGGUGACGCCGGCGCCACCCAGGUCUGUCUCGUUGACGGUGUCCUUCAGGAAGGUUCAAACCAGGCUGGCCAGCCUGCUGAUGGGGCCGUUGCUUCCGCCACGGACGACUCGAACUUCAUCAACUUCUGCCAGGGAGAGGACUUGACCAACGGUGAGCAGAAGACUGGCGGCUCUUGCAACGGUAUCCCUAUGGGCAAGAUCCCAGCCCAGAACAACAUGGUCUCCAGCAUUCUGGUCAACCCCGCCCACAAUGACAACAUUGAGGCCAACACCGACUUCGACAUCCAGGUCCAGGUUGACAACUUUGCUCCUGGAGCUUUCACCGAUGCGCAGAGUACCUACUAUUCUGCCCCCCAGGACCUCGAUGGUCAGGCCGCAUCAUUUCUCACACUCAUGUCACCGUUCAGACCUUGGGCGGCAACCUCACCCCUGACCAGCCUCCUGACGCCUCUACCUUUGUCUUCUUCAAAGGAAUCAACGAUGCUGGCAACAACAACGGCCUUCUUUCCGCCACUGUCACUGGUGGUCUGCCUGCUGGCAACUACCGUGUCUGCACCAUGCAACAAGUUUACUGUCGGCGGUAAUGGCGGUAACAACAACAAUAACGGUGGCAACAACAACAACAACGGUGGUAACGGCCAAGACCAAAAUGCAGGCAAUGGUCAGGGCCAGAACGGUGGUAACGGCCAAGACCAAAAUGCAGGCAAUGGUCAGGGCCAGAACGGUGGUAACGGCCAAGACCAGAACGCAGGCAAUGGUCAGGGCCAGAACGGCGGUAACGGUCAGGGCCAGAACGGUGGUAACGGUCAGGGCCAGAACGGCGGUAACGGUCAGGGCCAGAACGGCGGGAAUGGUCAGGGCCAGAAUGGAGGUAAUGGCGCCGGACAGGGCGCCGGCGCUGGUCAGGGUCAGGGUCAGGGUCAGGGCGGAGGCUUUGGUGGUGGCUUCGGCGGUGGCUUCGGCGGAGGCCGCGGCCAAGGUGGCCAGAACCAGGGUGGUAACCAGGGUGGUGCUGAUCAGACUGCCGAUCCUGCUGCCGAUGCGACUGCUGCACCGUCCGCUGACGCGACUGCCGACCCUGCUGCCGGAGAGACUGAAGCCGCUGACGGUGCGAAUGCCGGCGCUGAUGGAGGACAGGGUGCCGGCGGUGCUGGCGGUGCUGCUGCGGCCAAUGCCGUCGGCGGUAUUGCAGCGCCUGAGAUCUCCGACUCUGGCAACGCCGAUCGCCCGUUUGAGGUCAACGGCAACACCUUCACCAACCGUCAGACCGCUGCCCAGAGAGCUUGCGACAUUCAGCAAAACCAGUGUGCGGACGCCGUCAACGGAGGCGGCGGCGCUGGCUUCGCUCUGUCUGACUGCCAGGGACAGGUCGCCGCUUGCGUGGCUGAGCUUGCCUGA